AUGACACAGCACGGCGAUGAGGCCCAAUUGGAGCGCCCUCAAACGUCCAUUGGUCUUGAGGAUGAGACACCUACAUCCGCAGAAGCCCAAGGCGACAGUCCAGACCCCGAUAUGACAGCGCACGAAGACCCAGCGAUCCCAAGUCAAGCUCCGCCGAAGCGUCCUCGCUCCUGCUCUUCAUCGGAGCCAGAGGAUGUGGUCUCAAAGAAACCAAAAUUGAACGAUCCCGCGCCCGUAGCUACAUUCGUCCCCGCGCCUGUAGCUACACCCGUCCCCGCGCCCGUUGCUAUACCCGUCUCUACUACGCCGACCAAUGGACCUCAAGGCCUACUCAAGCUUCCAGCAGAGUUGUUAGACGAAGUGAUGGUGCAUGUUCGCUAUGGAGUGAAGGGUAGACAACAUUUGUACGACGUCAGUCUCGUCUGCAGAUCUCUUCAGGACCACGCCGACCGAUUACUCUACGAACACGUCGCCAUCGACAUCGACCAAAGCCCGUGUCAGGAUGCUAGCUUCAUGGCGGAUACCUAUCUGCCAUGUACCCUGGACAAGAUGAAACUUUACCAGACUCAAACACUGAGUCUCUCUGCUUCGAAUGAUAAAGAAGUUGGAUACAUUCUGGCUGAGUUCCUCAUGGAACUCCGCGAUGUGCCGUUGGAGGAGCUUCGACUUUGUCACGUCUCCGUCACUCGCAAGGUCGACGUCUAUCUCCAGACCCUGUUCGAUGCCGACACGCCACUGAAGGAGAACCUCAAAGAGCUGCAUCUUCCAUGGGCUUGUGACUCUAUCCCGCAGCCACACCGUAUGAUGGACUCUUCGGUCGACUAUACGUUCCAGCCUACCCGAAGAAAAAGCAAAGAGGCACUCAUGGUGCACGGUAGCGGGUACAAGGCUAUGUCACACCGCAAUACAGAGACAGGCACGUCAGUGAACAUGUUCAAAAGAGUUCUCGGCGCCUUUGGGUUCCCGACCGCACAAGGUUUCGAAUCAGUAUCAUGGUCGAUGCGAUGGCCCGAACAUGACUGUGCAAACAUCUUCAACAUGGCUCCUGCGCCACCCCCCGCCAUCCGCUGCUUCAACAUCACGCAUCUGCGCCUCGGUCACUUCGACUUUGGCCACGGUUUCCCCCAGGAUACUUACACAUGCAUCAACUUCUCCAGCAUCCGCUGGCUCGAACUAGAUGACUGCCAGCUGCUACCCCGCUUCCUCAAGCACUUCAUGGCUAGUGACGUCAGUCUUCAGAAGCUGGACGUGCAGAACUGGGACUACGCUGAAGAGCUUUGGGACGAUGAUCCCAACGGUCUUGAGGCGUUUCUCGCUUCAUUCUCGACCCUGAAAGACCUCAAAGUGGUCUCGCUCAACCCUUGGCAGCCGGACUUGGCUCGGAUGAUCGCCAGCCAUUCUGAUCUGGAGUCAUGUGAUCUAAGCUUUGGAGCGAACUCUCUCAACGUAGGUAUGCUGAAGAAAAUCUUGGCUAUCCGUCCCAACCUCAAGCGGCUGGGAUUUCGACACCUCAUGUUUGGACUACCAUGGAAGCAUGACGGCUUCGGUGGCAAGAUACAUGGCGUUACCGGAGCGCAGAUCACCGGCUUCGACAACCGUUUUGCCGCCUACGCCGAGGUUUUGGCAAACUUCUCUGAGCUGGAAACGGUCGUUGCUUACUUCGAGCCGUUUGAGAGCGAUGGUGGCUCUUCCAAGGCAGGCCCAGGCGGCGACGAUGCUCCUGACGACCCCAUGCAUCAACGGCUCUCUGAUCGUAUUCUGCAAGAGAUCCGCAAGGUAGCCAGUAAGAAGGGUCUGGGAGAGUCGAAGGUUGCAACCAUGGUCCUGCACGACAAGGCUCUCGCAGGUGAGGAUCUCCUCGGUGAAGAGGAUGUGGUUGAUCAGAACUACUAUGAGAGGGAAUACAAGUACAUGAGCGGUACUAGUAGCAAGAUGAGCUUCAUUGCAUAG